GUAGAGAAGAAAGUGGUUAGGGAGAAAACCAACACGCUUAAGUAAUUUAGUUUGAACUUGUGUAAACAAAACCACGUAUACAUUUUAUCCCAAAAAUACGUUUGUUUAUAGAAAACGUAGAAGAAGAAAAGGGGAACCUAAUCCAAUCAAAAUCCAAUCUUGAUGUAAUUGGAAUUUCCUGCUGAUAAAUCGAUUGGGUGUUAUUGGAAAUUUUGAUUCCCCUUCUUGUUUUAUAUUUUGAUCAGACCACCGACGACUGAGACCUCUUCAAAGUCAUGUUCAAAAAUUUCUGGGGCUCUCAGGAGCCGCAACCUCAGACCCGUCCUCAGGAAAUGCCCACAGACUCAUGGUACCCACCUUCUGUCAUUAGUUCAUCCAGCUCCUCUCGCCCUACUACACCUGGAUCGAGUACAUCUAGCAGCUUUGGCAUAUCAAGACCAACAGACCGACCAAAUUCUUUGUCAAACGUUUCACCUGCAGAGGCUGCGGGCAUCAUUGCUAUGUUGAAAGAUAAGAGUGUUGAUGAGCUGAGGAAGCUUCUAUCAGACAAGGAUGCUUAUCAGAAUCUAUUGUAUUCACUGGAACCUGUCAAAACACAAAAUAGGGUCAGAGAUGAACUCAGGAAUGAAACACUGCAGCUAGCAAGAGAGAAUCUGGAAAAAGAACCACGCAUAAUGGAGCUAAGGAACCAGUGCAGAAUAAUCCGAACUACAGAGUUGGCUGCUGCUCAAGAAAAAUUGCAUGACCUAGAAAGAAAAAAGGACGAAACUCUAAAGUACUAUUCUCCGUCAUCACUCAUCCAUCGGCUUCAAGAUGCAAUGAGUAAAACAGAAGAGGAGUCUGAAGCCCUGCACCAGCAGCUCCUUGAUAGAGAAAUCGAUCUUUCAGCCUUUGUACAGAAAUACAAGAAGAUGCGACAUACUUAUCAUAAACGUGCUCUUACCCACCUUGCCGCCAAGACUUCUGCAACCAGCUAAGAAAAUGCUGUACUUUUGGAAGCUGUCCGCUUCUCGCCCGGCCCUCUUUGUACAAUUGUUCUAUUAGUGUAAUACAAUUGUUGUUUUCCUGUUGAACUUCAAACGUGAAAUAGUUAAAAGAUUUUGGAAAUUUCUCUAUCGAAGCUGAUAGUUUGUGCUGAAGCGUUCUGUCAAAUUCUGUCUUCUAUAAUAAUACUAUUAUGUAUUUGGGUA